ACAUUUUCGUCGGGUUUCUGUCACCCCAAGUAUAGUGAGUAGAGUUCACCAGAGUUCACUGCCCCCAAGUCCCCAAGUCCCCAAAUGCGAAAACCGAAGUGUUUGUCGGUAAUUCAGGCCAGCUGUUGUGCUUGGGUUUACUUUAUAUACUUCAUGUUACUGUGCGUAUAGUUGAACUUGAAAGCGUCGUGCUAAAAUUCAGACGAAAAAGGUUGUAUAGUCUGCUUUCAAUAGAAUUGUUUAUUGUUGUUGAAAAGAAGAAUUUAUUCAUUAAAAUUUAACAUGAGUUCAUCAAAUCCUGACGAGAUUGGAAUGUCAGUGGAUUCAUCACAUGAAACGGCGGGAAAUAUUGGGCAUGAUGAUUCUGCUUUUCCGACAACAACAAAACAGACAAAUGAUGAAGGUGAAACAUUUUAUGCUGCUCAAGAAGGGGAAGGUGACAAAAUAAAUGAUUUAAAACAGAAAGAUGGUUGCCAUGGAAACGUUAGUGAAGGCAUAGACAACAAAUAUGACAACAAUGACGAAAAAGACAGUAUUCAAAAGGAAACAGCGACUGAGGAUGAAAACAAUGAUGUAAAGGAGACUAUUCAAGAGGAAACAGCCACUAAGGAUGUGAACAAUGUUGAACAGGAAAAUGUUCAAAAGGAAACAGCUACCAAGGAUGAGAACAAUGAGGGAAAGAACUGUAUUCAAAAAGGAACAGUCACCAAGGAUGAGAAUAAUGAUGAAAAAGAGAGUAGUCAAAAGGAAACAGCCACCAAGGAUGAGAACAAUGUUGAAAAGGAACGUAUUCAAAAGGAAACAGCAACUGAAGAUGAGAACAAUGUUGAAAAGGAAAGUAGUCAAAAGGAAACAGCCACUAAGGAUGAGAACAAUGUUGAAAAGGAAAGUAGUCAAAAGGAAACAGCCACUAAGGAUGAGAACAAUGUUGAAAAGGAAAGUAGUCAAAAGGAAACAGCAGGAUGAGAAAAUGUUGAAAAGGAAA